UGCAUGUUUUGGAUCAGUUCAUCUUGUGCAGAGUACUGAUUAACCCAAACGUCGUUUCUAAAGUAACCAACAUGAAUGUCUUGAUCAUCUCCCUGUUUGCUUGCUUUGCCAUCGUUGCUUCCGCUCCAGCAGAAACAUUGAUAAAAGUUCAGGAACUUGAGAUCAAUCCCGAUGGCACGUUUAGGCACGCGUAUGAACUGGACGACGGUACAGCGGCCCAAGCAGUUGGGGAUGCUGACAAAGUGAACGGAAACUACAUGUACAUCUCUCCGGAGGGAGAGAAAGUGGAGGUUACCUACCUGGCCGACGGCCUCGGAUACCACCCACAGGGAUCUCAAAUACCCGCCCAACUUCAGAAGGUGCUAAGCUACAUUCGCACUAACCUGAAACCAGAAUAAAUAAAAACUUUAAUAAAAACUCACUGGCAAUGAUCACUUUCGAUUUCGA